UAGAAGUUUUACAAGGCGAUGAUAAUAUUAAUUGUCUAUUUAAACACGGAUCAACUAGGAGGGUUCAUCCAUUCAUCAGUUGAUUGUGAAUGACUUCGCAUGCGCUACAGCCAUGGGGAAGCCACCAACGUUGCCAUUAAUUGUUGUGCUACAGGGAGUCAGCCUGAUUGCACUAGUUCAAUCAUCGAUCAUCACCAAGCCAGCAACAUGUCCAUGUUCCCCUAGCCCACCAGGCCCAGUGCUCAGCCCUUGCAGUGAUGCUGACAUUUCCGAAUACGAUCUGGAGAGCUUGAGGAGCAACAUAUGCAAUAACAAUAAAAUCCUCAUCUGCCUGUCCAAAAUCAUUGAAGCCAUCAGGAACAGUGGCCAAGACAACAGCAAUGCUGUAUCGCCCUGUGGUUGUCAGAAACAUUUAGACCAUGUUGAUUACAAUCAUGGAGAAUAUCAUGUGCCAAUAGUACAUCAUGAGCAUCAUGUACCGAUAGAGCAACAUGAGCCAAUAAUUCACGUACCAGUAGAACAUCAUGAGCAUUAUAUACCACCUGUAAUUCAUGAUGAGCAUCAUGUGCCAAUAGAUUAUCAUGAACACCCAGUUGUUUAUGAACAUCAUGAUCAUCAUGUACCAGUAAUUCAUGAACAUCAUGUGCCAGAAAUUCAUGAACAUCAUGUCCCAGUAAUUCACGAGCAUCAUGUUCCAGUAGUUCAUGAACAUCAUGUACCAGUAAUUCAUGAACACCAUGUGCCAGUAAUUCAUGAGCACCAUGUGCCAGUAAUUCAUGAGCAUCUUGUGCCAGAAAUUCAUGAGCACCAUGUGCCAGUAAUUCAUGAACACCAUGUGCCAGUAAUUCAUGAGCAUCAUGUGCCAGAAAUUCAUGAGCAUCAUGUGCCUGUAAUUCAUGAACAUCAUGUGCCAGAAAUUCAUGAGCAUCAUGAGCCAGUGAUUCACGAACAUUAUGAGCAUCAUGUGCCAGUAAUUCAUGAACAUCAUGAGCAUCAUGUGCCAGUAAUUCAUGAACAUCAUGAGCAUUAUGUGCCAGUAAUUCAUGAACAUCAUGAGCAUAACGUGCCAGUAAUUCAUCAUGGAGAACAUCUUGACCAUUAUGUACCAGUAUUACAUCAUGAAGAUAUUGAAUAUCAUCAGCACGAGAAUCAUGGACAUCAAGCUCAAAAAGAUGAUUAUAAUCAAGAUCAUCAACACCAUAAUCAUGAAGUUCAGCAUGUAAUACACUAUGAAGAUGAUACUCAUAAAGGAGGAAAAAUUAAAAUAGAGGAAGAAAUAAAGAAGACAACGACUCAUGUAACAGAAGACUCCAAGAAGAAAGUUACUGAAAUUGAUGGAGAUUCACAUUCACAUUCUUCUUUUGUAGAUUCAAACUCAGAGCUGGCUUUUUACAGUGCAGAUGGAGUGGAUUCAGACAUUCAUCAUCAUGGUGACAAAGCCUAUGUAUCUAGUUCUGCCACUGAUGUUAAUAAGGAAGUAUCGAAUGUGAGUAUUGGAGAAACAAGUGCUCAUUCAAAAUCCAUUGCAGAUACAACCCAAGUGAAUUCUGGUUAUUUAACAGGGGUUUCCACUGAGCAUUCCAUAAAAAGUACAGAAGUGGAGAAAAAACAAGUUGAUGUUUCUGCAUCCACAGUGAUUGCCUCAGAAAAGUCAUCAACAGAAUAUGAAACAUUAGGACAAGACCAUCAAGCUGAUUACCAAAAUCUAGACCAUCAUCAUGUGGAUCACCACCACAUAGAUCAUCAUCUAGAUCACCAACAUGUGGAUUAUCACCAAGAUCAACAUCAUGUGGAUCAUUAUUCAGAUCACCACCAUGUGGAUCAUCAUCUAGAUCAGCAUCAUGCGGAUCAUGAUGUCCAUCAUCAUCUAGAUCAUCACCAUGUCGAUCACCAUGUGGAUCAUCAUAUAGAUCACUAUGUGGAUCACCAUAUAGAUCACCAUGUGGAUCACCAUAUAGAUCAUCAUGUGGAUCAUCAUAUAGAUCACCAACAUGCCGAUUACCACAAUGGACAUGUGGAACAUGUAGAUUACAUUCAUGGACAUGACCAACAUGUGGAUUACCAAGUUGAUUAUCAUCCAGAUCACCAUCAUGUUGAACAUGAUGUUCAUCAUCAUCUAGAUCACCAUCAUGUGGAUCAUCAUAUAGAUCAUCAUGUAGAUCACCAUCAUGUGGAUCAUCAUAUAGAUCACCAUAUAGAUCAUCAUGUAGAUCAUCAUAUAGAUCACCAUCUGGACCACCAUAUAGAUCAACAUGUAGAUCAUCAUCAUGGAAAUGACCAUGUGGAUUGUCAUCAUGGACAUGACCAUGUGGAUUACAUUGAUGGACAUGGCCAUGUGGAUUACAUUCAUGGACAUAACCAUAAUCUAGUUUACCAUCAUGAACAUGAUAAACCUGUGGUUUAUGUUGAACAAGGUGAAGGAAGUGUUGCUGGAUGUGACAAAUGCUCGAAAACUGUUGAACCAGAGGUGUAUGGAUGUAAAAAAUGUUCGAAAAUUAUUGCACCAGAGGUGAAUGGAUGUGGUGCUGCUGUCCCAAUUGUACCACAUGACCAUGUGGAUUACAUUCAUGGACAUGACCAAGUGGAUCACAUUCAUGGACUUAACCAUCAUCUAGUUUACCAUCAUGGACACGAUAAACCUGUGGUUUAUGUUGAACAAGGUGAAGGAAGUGUUGGAGGAUGUGGAAAAUGCUCGAAAACUAUUACACCAGAGGUGAGUGCUGCUGUCCCAAUUGUACCAAGCAUAAAUCAACAUUAUCAGCCGAUAUUUUACCCUUACUAUGGUAUCCCACCAUAUUUUACAGGACCAACAAAUGGAUCACCAUGUUCCCAAACUGGUGUCGUCCUUCCUGAUGUCACCCAACAGUAUCUGAAACCGAAUUUCUGGGAAUACCCUUACCCUUGGUUCCUGUAUUCAUUGCCUCCUGUUCCCCCCUGCGGUAACAAUAUCCAUCAAGAAUUUGUUGUUGAGCGAAAUUGUUCUCACGAGCACAAGUUCCCGGUUUGCCAUGGAAUUCCAGACCAGCACAUUUGGACUGGCGACUGCAUUGAGAAUACUCGCUCUGUGAUUGUGACCCCUCCAUGCAAUCAGGACAUCAACUGCCACAAAAUCACCAGACAUGUCACGCACAACCUUGGAGGCUCUGGUACCACCAACUCUAAAUGCAUCACCAACAUUGUCUCCAAGCAAAUUCACAAAUAAAACACAAUAAAAAGUGAAGAAUUUUUCCAAAUUCUAGAACAAUUUUAGAAUGGAACGAAGCAUUUUGAAAAGGAUGUUCUCUAUCCUGAAAGUUACAUAAAAUAUUGCUCUUGUAGAUUGAUCAAACCAAGACAAGUUUUUUAUCAAAAGUAAAAGACAAAACUUUUGAGUAUUUUCAAAAUACAGUAGCUUUUUUAUGAAUAUAAGAUGUUCUAAUUUCAAUUCAUUCAAAACAAAAAUAUGACCAACUUCCUUGUUCCUUCUCACUAUAGAAUAACGAAAGUCAGUGAGAUAGAAAAUUGAGUUUGUAGAGGGUUUUGAGAAUAAAACACACUCUUCUCAAACAAUCUCAUGACUGCAAUUUCAAACUAAUUCAAGUUUAAAUUUCAUGUGAAAUUCAAUCAAACUAAUUCAAGUUUAAAUGUAAUGUAAAAUUCUAUUAUUGAUUGUAUGCAAAUGAAUUGUUAUCUUACUAAAUUAUUGUUGGAUUGUUUUUGUAGUAUAUUAAUCUCUGUCAAUAAACUGUUUAUCUCUU